UGCUGGGAGUUUGCACAAUCCCGCCAAUUUAAAAAAAAAUCAGUUUCUCUACAGAGGAUUUGCAAUCAUUUUUGAUCCUCUAAUUCAUUUUUGUCUGGUGUUGACGUAAUUAUUCGAGAUGUGGAAUGAUAUUGAACUUCUGACAAAUGAUGAUACAGGCAGUGGCCGGUUAAACAUUGAGGCCAGAAAAGAGAGUGGUGCAGCCCUUUAUCAAGUGGAUACUAUAGUUAAAAUAUCCUCUUCAACAACGAUAACAGUCAGUCCCAAGCUUCAUGCGUUUUGCAGCUCUGAUGGUUGUGUGGUUGUAGUGGACCAAUCAGUAUUGCUUUUGGAUCAAAUUUGUCAAUCUGUACUGUUGCAGCUCCAGUUUGACACUGAUGUGGAUGUUGUAGCACUGUGUCAGGAAGGUCAAUUUCUGAUGGUUGGAGAAAGAAAUGGAAAUCUUCAUUUGUUGCAUGUAAAGUCCAGACAGACGCUCUUAACUAAUUCAUUGAUGAAGAACCCUUCAAAGGGAAAGACCUACCUGAGCCUUACCUUAGAGAAGGAAGCCCCUCAAUCAGGGCAAGCUUAA